AUGACUUCAAUCGCCAUCGUUGGCCUCUCGGUGGAGCUUCCCAGCGGGAAGUACUCGCCGAAGAACCUUGAUCAUGACGCUUUCUUCCAGCUCUUGCUUGACGGGGUUGAUACAUAUGAGCGCAUGCCAGCAGGCCGCUUCAAUGCAGAUGCAUGGCUCGGUCAACAUCUUGGAGAAAUUCAAGUUGAUACUGGCGCCUUCCUCAAGGAUAUCGACUCCUUCGACAAUGUCGAGUUCGGAGUAUCAACGAAAGACGCUCAUAGCAUGGCCCCAGCAACAAGAAGACUUCUUGAGAACGCGUUCCUUGCCUUACUCGACUCUGGAGUUGAUUAUCGAUCGAGGAACGUCGGCUGCUUCACAUCGGCGACCGCAUUCGACUUGACGACUAUAUGUGAACCGGAUGAAUACGACGGACGGGGCUCAUUCGCGGGAUACCCGUCCAUGGUAGCCAAUCGGAUCUCUACCCACCUCGACCUGCUCGGCCCAUCCGUUCCGACGGAUACGGCAUGCAGCUCAACUUUGACCGCCUUCCAUCUGGCGGUCCAGGCCAUCUCCCAAGGAGACUGCGAGACUGCGGUAGUGGCGGGUUGUCAGCUGAACCAUCGUUUCAUUGACUGGUUCACGUACAGUCAAGCCUCAAUUCUUGCCGCGGACGGGAAAUGCAAGCCCUUUGACGCUUCUGCGGAUGGCUUCUCCAGGGGAGAAGGCUGUGUGGCAGUGGUGCUCAAGCCUCUCGACCGAGCUCUCCAAGAUCAUGAUCGCGUCUAUGCCACGGUUUUGGGCACUUCAAUCAACUCUGCUGGGGGCGCGGCGCCUCCGGGCGCUCCGGUCGCGGAAGCACAGCGGGCGGCGAUGAGGCAAGCAUUUACGCGAGCGAACAGGAGUUUCAGAGACGUCGACUAUGUGGAGGUGCAUGCAACAGGUACUGCCAAGGGAGAUCCUACGGAAGUAAACUGGGUUGGCGAAGAAUCUUGUCGAGACGAUGAGUUACUGUUAGGCAGUGUUAAGGGCAACAUCGGGCAUACCGAAAUCGUAGCCUUUCUCGCGUCCCUGUGCAAAGUGAUUUCAGUAUUCAAGACGGGGACUAUACCGCCGGCUGCGAAUCUGCGUACGCUCAACCCCGCAAUUGAAUGGCACAGGCACAAGCUUCGCGUUCCCUUGACCGCUACCCAACUUCCAUGUCGGAACGGGAAGCUACCACUGGUAUCCAUCGCCAGCUCAGGCAUCGGCGGGUCGAAUGGCCACGUCGUCCUGGAAGGCCCUCCCGUACUCCCUGCGCCCAGCCGCUCUGCGGUAUCUGGCUCGGUCGUUUUGAUGGCAUGCGGACUCUCCUCGCGUAGCGCUACUUCGAUAGGGCAGUCACUAGAGAGCUUGUUGGACUCAGAACAGGUGGACUUGCGCGCUCUGUCAACGGUAGUAGGUCGAAGGGCGAAGCAGAUGACCUGGAGGUCCUACGCUGUCGUUGAAGAGGGUUCCUCUGGUUGUGUCGCGUUCUCUGCACCCCGACGUUGUUCGCGCAUGAAGCCUCCUGUCGUGUUUCUAUUCUCAGGCCAAGGGCCCCAGCAUCCCGACAUGGGUCGCGAGCUCUUCGACAAUUUCCCUGUCUUCAGAGAUAGUGUCCUCGAAAUGGACAGUGUCUUUAUGAGGUUAACGGGCAGAUCAAUCAUUAGAGACCACGGUCUCUUCGCAGGGACCGCACCAGCGGCGGACGGAACCUGGCCCAUAUCAUUAAUUCUACCUUCCAUCGCAAUAUUUCAAAUGGCUCUCUUUGAUUUGCUCGCGCAUCUAGGCGUAAAGCCUGAUAUCGUGAUUGGCCACUCUGCAGGGGAAACCUCUGUCCUCUACGCCUCAGGCGCAGCCCCGAAGGCGAUGGCUGUGGAGCUAGCAGUUCUACGAGGACAAACCUUCUCGUCUAUGGAAGCUCUGGCCGGCACUAUGGCCGCUGUGUCCUGCACGCCAGACGAGGCCCAAAGGCUCAUCGACCACAUUCGCCAAGAAGACGAUAACAGCGUCCUUGACAUAGCUUGCUACAACUCUCCGUCUGCCAUUGCCAUCUCUGGGCACGCGGUAGCGAUAGACCGGUUCAUGGAGCUGGCCGUUGUCCAUGGCUAUUUCUGUCGCAAGAUCAGAACCCGAGUACCAAUCCAUUCGUCCAUGAUGGAACAAUGUCGCGACGAGUACGUCAAGGCGCUUCACGACUUGUUCAAACGGUAUCCGGGACGCCAUGUACCAGACGUUACGACAUAUUCCACGUAUACUGGCACUCGAUUUGAAGGACCCUACAGCGCCGAGUACUUCUGGAAUAACACCCGAAACCCUGUUCUAUUCACACAAGCGGUUCAGGAGGUAGCUCAUGCGUCACCCACGACAACCAUCGAGAUCUCUCCGCAUCCCGUCUUGUCGUCAUAUGUCUCACAGAUCACUCAAGACGCUGGUGCGAUCUUCUCGUCGACCCGCAGACGGAAACAAGGCCGCCCGUCUACGGAGCAUCGCGAUCUGUUGGAACUAUGCGGACAGCUUACCUCUGUGGGACAUAACUUUGUCGACUUUACGGCGCUAAAUGGGCGCGCAUGUCACGAGCUGAAUGCUCCAUUACCGGAGUACCCCUUCUUGCGCAAAUCAUAUCCUCUCUAUCCCGACACUAUCGGGGGUGUGAAGCACAUGAGGGGGCACAGUGGACCGCUCAAUCACGAUUAUCUCAAGGUGAACAAGGAGACACAUCCGACGCUGGCGGAGCAUGUCAUCAGAGGGGAGCCAAUCAUGCCUGCGGCCGGCUUCAUUGAGAUGGCAUUGGAAUUCGGAGCUACGGCCUUGAUGGAUGUGGACAUGCGAGCCAUUCUGUCUUUGUCAUCCGAGAAGCCUGCCAAGGUUGAUAUCUCUCGCGAUGGUUUCCGCUGGGUGGUCAAGACUUCGAUCUCAUCCAGCCAUCCGAAUUCGGCGACGCCGAUAUCAAUACUAUACGUCAACGCCAUCCUUGACGCCUGCUUGCAUAUCACAUCGUUCAGACCAUUCCAUGGGGACCACAGCUCAAACGGCUACUACUUGCCUGCUCACGUCGAUGCUGUCAUCCUCCAUCGUUCUCCUCGGGUCCAUUUUUUCCCGGAUCAUAUCUAUACGCACACAAUACUCAGGGAGUGGACACCAUCCUCCGUGUUCUAUGAUAUUACCAUCACAGAUGACGCCGGAAGCCCCUUGUGUACCCUUCAGAGGCUGGAGGUCGCAAAACAUCAUUUCAAUCCUCCACCUGAAGAUUUGAUACCGUUCCAAGUCGUGCUGCAGCAUCCCACUUUGUCGCCACGGCCGGUUAUUGAAGACAAAGCGAAGGUUAAUGGGCACCACCACGGAAACGGAAAAGAGGAUCAUCUCACAGACGCUAUCGUUAAUCACUCGGGCGCAUUGCAAGAAGCUGUCAAAGAAAUAUCAGAUCAAGACAGCAGACGCGUUGCUCGUAUCCUCGUCGUUGGUACUGAUUUCCCUCAUCUCUUCUUUGAUAUCAGCAUUCCGAAGGGGACGCAGGCUCAUAUCAACAUUGACCCAAGACGACGGACUGUCAGGACUUCAAACAUUGAUCUCGCCAAACCCCAUCCUGAGCCCGUCCAGUCCUUCGAUCUUGUAUCCUUAUUCCUUCCGGAGGGCGAACUCCAUGCGGCGCAGCUGAACCGUCUACUCGUCUCCGGAGGCUCAUUGGUUGUCACAACACGGCUUGAUCUGCCGGUGAACGGCCACAAAACGCAUGGACUCGAAAAGCUCUCACAAACAUUACGUGAUGCAGGAUUGACGGUUCGACGCACGCUGGUCACGCCUGAUGGAUCGUCUUCGAUCGUUCUCACCUGGCGCCAGAAAAUCUCAGCACCUGCGGGCGACGCACCGGAAUCUCCCGUAUUCAAUCCUGAAGAAGCGUUUGUAUUCCACUAUUCUCAAGGGCACGAGGUCGACCUGCAGUGGGACUUCAGUGGCCUGGACCCUGCAGAGCCGUUGGACGUCUGGGUACUCACAAGUGAAGGUCGCGGUGGGGGCGCCGCACUUGGCCUCGUCCGGGCUCUGCGACUGGAGUAUCUACUGUGGACUAUCCGCGUCGUCAUAUUCCCCUCUAGCUACGAAGAGGAUGCAUGCGAAGAGUGUCUCCACACGAUCCCGACGUGCAUGCGCGAGGAGCUGGACAUCUUCGUCACUCAGGAUGGAGGUGUCCUAGUGCCACGAAUGGUGCCUCUUCCUGAGCGCACUACCUCGGAUGAGGACGGCGUCGACUCUUCUGUUCACAGCCACGCCUGCGAAGAUUACAUGCUCCUCAACGUGCGGGACGCCUCCGACGUAGGAGAUGUGACGAGCGUUGUCGGAGUGGAAGUCAAGGGAAGCGAGUUACUCGCACUCAAUCGCUCUAACGAUGGCACAGUCAUCGCACUCGUGCAAGGUAUUCCUACCAAGGUCGUUGGCGUUCGCAGGGAGGCUUCGUCUCGUCUCUCUCCGCGACUGGAGCAUCAUUCGGCCGCUGUAGUACGCUUCACACCAGGGGUCGUCGCUGCUGCCCUUGCCCAAGGCACGCACACAUUCAACAACGUCAAACGGUGCAAGAACCUCCAAGUGCUCGUCACCCAUGCAGACACCUCCAUUGGAUCAGCGAUCGUUUGGACGUAUCAGAGGCAGAACAUCGCUGUCGUAGGAGUACCUGCAGACGCAACACCCCUACAACUAUCCUCCGCACUUCGUUCCGGAUUCAACUUGAUCGUGUCCGGAUACACAGAUGCCUCCUAUAUCGAGCUUCUGAAGUUUACGUCAACGUCGAAAGACAGGAAGAUAUAUCUCUGGAACGACCCGCACGAGGGGCUUCCUUGGUCCCUACAGAACGACCUGUGGUCCGUGCAGGACGCGCUGGAGCUCGUGCUCGCCUUCCUAGAGGUCCAUGUAGAGGAGUUGGGUGAGACCGUCGACGGCCACAGCCCACCGCAAGCUACAGUAAUCACGUCUGCGAAUAAGACACCGGCAAUAGUGGCCUUCAGCCCACACAGGACCUACCUUGUCCUGGGGGGUAUCGGCAACCUAGGGGCGCACGUCACCCUGAUGCUAUACCGACAUGGUGCUCGACACAUCAUAGUCACUUCGCGCAGAGGCGCGGCUAGCCUGCAGACAACCUCCAACCGGCUUGUCCGGCGCACGUUCGAGUACCUACAAUCGCUUCCCGAGCUCGAUCUGCGCCUCUCAGCCACAAGCGCCUCCGACGUCGGGAGCAUGACUCAGCUCCUCCGCACGAUCUCGGACGAUGCACCGCUCGCAGGGUGUAUCAUCCUUACGGCCACGCUGGCGGACCGUACGUUCGCGCGGCUUGAGGAGGCGGACUUCGCGGAGGUGUACGAAUCGAAGACUGGUGUGGUUGAUGCACUCCGUGAGAGCGCCGACAUCGCAUCGCUCGACUUCCUUGUUCCGUUCACGUCUGUUGCGGGCCUGUUUGGGAACGGCGGUCAGACGAACUACUGCGCUGCGAACACGGCGAUGGAAGAACAAGUGUCUGCGUACUCGAACGCCUUCGCCUUCGUAUGUCCGGGCAUCAUCGACUCCGCGAUGAUGCGUGCGAGCGACCUCAGCGAGUCGGGUAAGACUGCUCAGCUAGAGCAGUUCGCUCAGUGGGGCAUCACAGCGGAAGACAUGGUUCUGUGGCUGGAGGACGCCUUAGGCCGCUUCCAAACGGGCGAACGGUUCGCGCGGUAUGUCCCUACUGUCGACUGGUACGCGGUCGAGCGCACGCGGGGCAUGCCUAUCAUUGGGCGGCAUAUCCUCUCAUCUGAUUCCCUCGACGACCGUGGGCAUAACUCUACAAAGGGUGUAGGUGAAGGAGGGGCAGAAGAUGCGGGUGCGCAGAUGGCGGCGAUCGUACGCGGGGUGCUGGGCGUCUCGGCGGAGGACUUCUCCCCUGAAACGCCGUUCACGGCGUAUGGGGUCGACUCACUGUCAGCGGCCCGUCUCGCGUUUAUGCUGCGCCCGUAUGUGGAGGUGACACAGCUGCAGCUGUUGGCGGAUAUGUCGUUGAGGGGGCUAGAGAAGCUGGCUGGUACCAGUGCGAAAGAGAAUGAGAAACUGGCAAAGUGA